AUGGUUGGAGUGAAGACCAGAUCUAUCGUCUCUUUGGAAGGCGACCAAAUCAAAUCUUCAUCUUGCUCCUACCCUUCCCACAUCUCCUCCAUCACCACCGAAGACGACCAAAUCAAAUCUUCAUCUUGCUCCUACCCUUCCCACAUCUCCCCCAUCACCACCGUCGCCUGCUCCGGACACACCGCUGCUUCCAGCUGUUCCGACGGCACAAUUCACCUCUACGACCUCCCUUCUGCAUCCUCCCUCGACUCCCUCCUCGACCACAACCACACAGCUUCAAUCACCGCCCUCUCCUUCUACACUCCCUCUUCCCUCUCCUUCCCAUGCAAUCUCAUCUCCGCCGCCUCCGAUGGCUCCGUCGCGAUUUUCGACACUGAACCUUUUGUUCUCCUCAAGUUCUUUCGUCCUCAUAAGAAGGCCGUUAAUGAUCUCGUGAUUCAUCCUUCUGGGAAGCUUGCUUUGGCUGUGUAG